AUGAACGCACCAGAUAGAUUCGAGCUUUUCAUUUUACCAGAUGGAGUGGACAAGAUUAAGAUAACUCCCGACACGAAGGUGCCUAAUGCAGCAUUGAUCAAGAUUGAAAGGGAGGACCACACUUUGGGAAAUUUGAUCAGAGCACAAUUAUUGAAGGAUGAAAGAGUGUUAUUCGCCGCUUACAAGGUUGAGCAUCCAUUAUUUGCUAAUUUUGUAUUGAGAAUCCAGACAGAAGACGAUUAUUCACCUAGAGAAGCAUUAAGGAACGCUUGUUCUGGGUUGAUUGGGGAAUUGGAUGUUAUCAAGACAAGAUUUAAGGAUGAAUGGGCACUUAAAUCAUUGUUGAACAGUAACGACGACGACUUUUAG